UCGUGUUAACGCGAGCAAUAUCCGGCCACGUUAAAAUUGUUUGGUUAGAAUAUUUAACUGCAGCCUUGAUCGGCUAAUUGGAUAUUGUGACUCAUAAAAUCUUUUGAAAUUAAAUGUUUGUAGAGUAGUGAACACGCAAUAAAUAUAAGGAACUAAUUUAAAAAAUGAACUACUGGUCAGUUUGCUUGUUAUUUCUUUCGCUGUUUGGUACAAUAUUACGCACUGGUGGCGUUGAGCUAACCUUUGAACUGCCUGACAAUGCGAAACAGUGUUUCUUUCAGGAUAUUGAGCAAAAUGCAACGGCAAUGCUUGAAUUUCAGGUUGUGACUGGUGGACAAUACGAUGUAGAUGUAAUUUUAGAAGCUCCAAAUAAAAAAGUCAUUUAUCAUCAAAUAAAAACACAGUUUGAUUCGCAUCAAUUCACAGCACCAAUAACAGGAGCUUACCAAGCCUGCUUUAGCAAUGAAUUUUCAACAUUUUCCCAUAAGCUUGUGUAUAUGGACUUUCGAGUCGGUGAACAAUUGCCACUUGCUGGACUUGGUGAACAUGCUACUGUUAUGACUCAGAUGGAAUCCUCUGCAGAAACAGUAUUUAAAAAUUUGAAUAGUAUCUUGGAUUAUCAAACACAUCAUCGAUUAAGAGAAGCACAAGGUCGUAAACGUGCAGAGGAUUUGAAUACACAUGUACUUGGAUGGUCUAUUGUAGAAAUGAUUACAAUUAUAGUCAUAUCUGUGGGGGAGGUGUUUAUUUUAAAAACCUUUUUCACAGAACGAAAACAUUAGCCUAUUCAUUAGUGCAUUUGCGAAUCAUACUGUUUACUUUGUUCACAAUAAAGUAACUAAUCCGUCUGAGUAACGUGAAACGGUAUUACGUUUAAUGCUCCAUAAACGCUAUCAACCAUGGUGCCAUGUUAUAACUUUGGCCAGUUGUUAUAUCCAUACUCAUUUUGAAUGUGGAAGUACAAUCCCAAACAGACGGAAAAAUUAUAGUAAAAGAAACUUGCUACAGUUUUCUUGCAUAUGAGAAUGUUGUGUAUGCGUGUUCAUGUGUGUAUCAUUUAAGUUAUAUGAAGAAUAGGACAUUUCAAUAUGGGUACCUGUUCUAUUAUGAGCUGUAAUAGAGAAUGUGAGGAUAAUUGGAUUGUUAUUUGUUUUUAUGAUAAACUUACAAAUUAUAAUCGUACUUUGACACUGAUAGUGUAAUGUUGUCAUGGGAAACAUUUUUCUUACUGUGAAUGUGUAAUAUAAUAAAUUAAACUUUCGUGUGUAUCA